UGACAAAAACCUGCAAUUUUUCCUUCAGACCCCCAAAAACAUCAACUUUUUUUCCCUCCCUGAUUUCCCUCUCUUUCUUCCUUUUCCUUUUCCAUCCAUUUCGUUCAGAUCUUUUCACGAACUACAGUCUUGAACGAUUAUUGCGAGAUUCAAAUCGAAGAUCUCCCCCACAUGAAACUGAGGAAUCCGUAGUUUUUUAAGGUAACCCAAAUCUCCUCGUGAUCCCAUCAUCGCAUGCUCCCCCUCCUCCUCUCUCUCUCUCUCUCUCUCUCUCUCUUCUCCCUUUCGGGCAGCGAUUCCUGGUCCUUUCUUGCAGUUCGGGAGCUUUAAUGUCUCUCUCUCUCUCUCUCCAUGUCUCUUGCUCAAACGCAUGCACGAGGAUGAAGCAUUCAUCGCUUGAAUAGGUCUCUGUUUUCUUCAUCUCUCUCUCUCUUUCUCUUUCUCUCUCACCAUAUAUAGAUACCCACUUUUUCUUUCGUUCAGUUUCGUGCCCCAGUGAGGUUUUUUAGCUGCCUUUUUCUCUUUUUCCCAAGGAGGGAAGUGCUUGAUUUUGAUUUUCUCCACAACCCAACUCUCAGUUCCUUCAGGCAUUGGAAACUUGCUCCCCAGUUUCCCCAAUGUCGCUCCCAAUCCAUCGUCCCUGGAGUGGUUAGGGUUUUGUGCCGCUUCUUUUGGGCCUCAGUGUUCGUUUUUGAACUUAAAGGAACGAUCUUUAAUGCUUUUGGUUCGGACCCUCUUUCUCGAUUGAUCUUUGGCUCCGUCCUUUUGGGCUCCCCUUCACAAUGCUCAAGCAAAUUCUCAGUAAAAUCCCCAGGAGGACGCCCAGAUUGGACUCGGGCGAGUUGAUUCAGCCCGCUUCGGGCUCUCCCGAUGGCGCUCAGAAAUCAGGCGGCGGCGGUGGCGGCAGCAAUUCGUCGUCUGCUCGAUCUGGCGGGCUGAGGCGCGCCUCCUCAGUGGUCUUCCCCGCGAGCGUGAUUGCCGGGAUCGAGCCUUUAGUGCCGUUCAAGGAUGUCCCGGCAUCCGAAAAGAUGAAUCUCUUAGUGAGUAAACUGAGCCUUUGCUGUGUGACAUUCGAUUUCACGGACCCGGGGAAGAAUACCAUGGAGAAAGAUGUUAAGAGGCAAAUCCUGAUGGAGAUUUUGGAUUUCGUAGCAUCUGGAUCGGUCAGGUUUGCCGAAUCUGCGGUUCUAGCAAUGUGCAGGAUGUGUGCUAUUAAUUUGUUCCGGGUGUUUCCACCUAGUUAUCGGUCCAAUUCGACUGGUAGUGGUGGCGAGAACGACCACGAUGAUCCAAAGUUUGAUCCUGCUUGGUCACAUUUGCAGGCGGUGUAUGACAUACUGCUUAAGUUCGUUACCUCGUCUUGUCUGGAUAUUAAAGUCGCUAAGAAGUAUAUUGACCAUGCUUUCAUAUUGAGAUUGCUUGAUUUGUUUGAUUCUGAGGAUCCUAGAGAAAGGGAGUGUUUGAAGACUGUAAUGCAUAGAAUUUAUGGGAAAUUUAUGGUUCAUAGGCCUUUCAUAAGGAAGUCCAUAAGCACUAUAUUCUACAGGUUCGUGUCUGAGAAUGAGAAGCAUAAUGGGAUAUCUGAAUUAUUAGAGAUUUUCGGAAGUGUUAUCAGUGGAUUUGCGUUGCCUUUAAAAGAGGAGCACAAGAUCUUCUUUUCAAGGGUUGUAAUUCCUCUGCACAAGCCUAAGUCAUUGGGUGCGUACUUUCAACAGCUAUCAUAUUGUAUAAUGCAAUUUAUAGAGAAGGAGCCCAGGUUAGCCAGUGUUGUGAUAAAGGGGUUAUUGAAGUAUUGGCCAAUAACUAAUAGCCAGAAGGAAGUGAUGUUCUUGGGUGAGAUAGAAGAGAUCCUGGAAAUGAUUAACACAGUAGAGUUUGAGAAGGUCAUGGUCCCACUUUUCCUGCGGAUCAGUUGUUGCAUCAACAGCUUCCACUUCCAGGUGGCUGAGAGGGCCCUUUUCUUAUGGAACAAUGAGCAAAUCGUGGGCUUGAUAUUGCAAAACAGGCGCCUGAUCAUGCCCAUUGUGUUCCAGGCCCUAGAGAAGAACACCCGGGGCCACUGGAACCCAGCGGUGCUCAAUCUGACCAUCAGUGUGAAAAGGAUGUUCUCGGAGAUGGACGAGGAGCUGUUCUUGUCCUGCCUAGCUCAGUCCCAGGAAGAAGAAGAAAGGCUAAGGCAAGCGGUGGAGAAGCGGAACGAGGCAUGGAAGAGAUUAGAAACUGCGGCGAGUCACCAGCCGGUAGGUCGAAAUAUCGCCAUCCUCGUUAGUCCCUUAGCAACCUCAAUCGCUUGCUAAACUGCGUCUUGAGAGUUUUUUUCGUUUUUGGUCGCUCCCCGGCUUCGAUGUACCUGAAGUUACCGAAAAGGGGAGAGAGUUAAUUAGGCAAGGGCUGUGUUUUUGGUGCUUCUGUAUUUCUCCUUUUUUCUUGGGAAGGAUCUUCUAACAGGCGAUGCGGCAAUCUGCCCCGUGCAAUGUGUGCCGGGUGCGCAGAUGUUCGUUUCUCUUAAGAAAAGAAUGUGGAAGCGCCGUGCUGCGGCUUGUUUAUUUGUAUGCUGGUGCCUUCACAGCUCA